AUGAGCGUCCUGGAUUCUCUCACGCCGUUGGAAAGGCGCUUCUUGGAGGAGGCGUUAGGGCGCGCCGAGUCCAAGCCGAGCUCGGAAGGCGCCGAGGAGGAGCGGCGGCGGGAGCAGGGGGACAAGCAGGGCGAGGCGUCCACUCAUAACUCGCCGCUGCCGCCUGUGAAGAGGAAACCUACGAGGUUUAUGCCUCCCGAUGCGGUGGAUCGCUGCUCGCAGCAAAUACGGCAUGAGAACGCACUCUGGGACCAGGUGGAACGCUCCCUCGAAUUCCCCUUUGUGUACCGCUCAGACAAAAACAAGGACCUCUGCCUAAAGAUGCUGCGACGCAUCCCGCAGUUUGAGUCCCUCGUCGAGGACGACUUGGUGGUGAUUGCCACACGCAUGGAAAUCGUGCGGGUGCGGGCGAACACCGUGCUGGCCGGAUGCCUGCCCUUCCCCCCCUGCUCCUCCUGCCUCGCCAAGCAAGCGGCGAGGUCCGCCUCCUCGGAUACGUCCAAUGAGGUGGAUGGCCUUGUUUCGCUAGCGGAGUCGCUUUUUGGCGUGGCGGAGAAGAAAGAAGUCUGCGAACAUGUGUCGAGCGCCAACCGUGAUGUAAAUAAACAUGUAUUUGUGCUGCUGCGUGGGAAAAUCGCGCUGCGGCUGCCUUCCGUGCAAACCUCCCUGGAGGCCUUUGUUGAGCCAUACGAAGUAUUUGCCCUUCCAACGACCGUGGCUGCACUACCGGAGGGGUCCUGGUACGUUACGACUGGUGAAUGCAUGUUGCUGCGCCUGGCGCGGGACACGGAGCUCGCACUGGAUCGUCUCAUUAGCUACCUUGAAAAGCAGGUGCUUAACGAACGCGCCUUAUUUUUGCGGUGUCAACUUCGCGUGAAGAUUUUUACUCACUGGACAAGAGAUAAGUACGAGGCGGCUGCGCGGUCGAUGAUCCCACUGCGUACCUCCUGGCGGCAGAUGGUGGUGACGCAAGGGAUGGAGGCGGAUGCGUUGUACUUUAUAAAAGAGGGUCAGUGCGUUGUUGUGCGCGAUGUGCCGAUGCUCCACCAGCAAACGCAGGAGCAGGAGCGAAGGCCACGCCGGUCGUCGGGCUCCACACAGGCAGAGGCCUAUCCACUGCCACAGCGAAUCUCGCCUGGGCGCCCCGAAGGAAAGAUGCAUUUGCCAGCUACUUCGGUGGAUUCACCGCUGCCACUGUCAUCGCCGCCGCCGCAUACGAAGCUGGUGGAACUUGGUACGCUGCGGGAAGGAGAGUUCUUUGGUGAACUUGGCUUGCUCAAUCAUGACGUGGACUGGAGACCCGACGUUGAGAAAGUCUGGUCAGAGACGUACUGGCAUAAUCUACUUCUCAGCGCCUUACAUGCCCCGAUCGACUACGCUGCUGUAGAAGGAAAUAUGUCUUGGUGCUCCACUACUGAGUAUAAUACAGAUGACUACAGCCUGCAGAGUCGUGUCUCCUCCGCAAAGCCGCCUGACGGUGCAUUCCCACCGGCGUCGCUUCAUCGUCAGGCCAGUGUCUACACAAAGACUCCGUGCGUUCUUUACAUGUUGACUCAUGAAAACUGCCGACACCUGUUUGGUGAACGGGAAUAUGCGCAGCUGAAGGGGUUUGCUAAAGGAUAUCCUUCCUGCGAAAACAUUGAGGAGCAAUACGAGCGGCAGCGAAAAUGGGCGCAGUACCGUAAAGCGCUGGUGAAAGAUGUUGCAAUGGAAUCGACAAGUUUUGCACGACAACUCUCAAAGUUGCCGCCCCUCCGGUUUUAG